AUGUCGGACCAGCUGAGCGAGGCGGAGAGGCGGCACUUUGACCAGCUUCAGAAGAAGAUGGCAGACAACGCCAACGAUGGCGCCAUGGUGAGAGGUACAGUCUUCGAGAUCCUCGCAUCCCUCCAAGAGUUCGUUGCCAGAGAUCAGACUAGCUUCAACAUCUCCUUGCGCAGAGGCAAGUACCUCCCGCAGUCAUGCGUUGAGCUCCUUUGCAAGGUCAUGUUGCGAAAGCUUGCUUGCACCACGACGAUCAGCACGGUACAGUACGCUCUGGGGGCAUGCUCGAAGAGCCUGCUGCUGUACCCUGAUCUGUGGCCGAUGCUGGUGAAGUGUAUCCUGGGAGGGAUGUGCGCUCAUCCUCUUGACGCCAAUGUGCAGAGCAAUGGGUUGUAUGCUCUCGGGAGACUUCUAGAAGACGGCAAGGAGAGGAAGGAGAUGGUCUUCCUGCAGUCCAAGGCAGUUGCAGCAGGGGAGAGGCUGAGCUCACUCAUGGUGGAGAGCAACGUGGUGGAGGUGACGGUGAUAGCGAUGGAGCAUCAUCAGGAUACGGUCACCAUCAACAACUGCUGCAUGCUGAUACGAGAGCUGGUCAGCCUCAGCCAGCCAGCCAAGAGCUUGAUGAACGAGCACGAGAUCGUGCGGUACGUGAUGGAGGGGAUGGAAAACAACGAGCAGGACGGAGAGCUGCUGAUUCACUGCAUGAGAGCAUUCGGGGACUGUGUAGAAGACACCGAGAUCUCCCCUCACCUCCUCGACCGGAUCGUCUCUUGGGCCGCCAAGUUUUCCAGCAAGCUCAAGGCGAGCGACGAGCUCGUGCUCAACUACUGCACCCUUGUCAGGAAGGUCUCGCAAGUCCCACAGGGGGAGUCGCCGUCUACCUCCCAGCACCUGGCCCGGCAGUCGGCGAUAGCGAGCAGUGGGGUUCUCACCAAGAUGCUGGAGAUUGUGGACAUGGUGAACGACGAGGAAGAAGGCAAGAAUGAGUUCGAGCCGCUGACUUUCAUCCGGUCUGCGGAACUGAACGAGUCAGUGCGGGGAAACACGCAGACUCAACUUGCCUUGAUCGGGCUGGGAGGGUUCGCGACCAUCGACAGGACGCUGAAGAGAUACGACGAGAUCACUUUGAAAGCCUUCAAGUUCCUGUAUGACGAGGACAAGGCCUGCCGGUCGACGUGUAUCCUCUUGCUCUCCUCGCUCUUCGACGGCCCGUCGAGGCAGGGGAGGCACGAGGAGCUGUUACAGACUGAGAGCGGCGGGGAGAUGGCGCAGAUAACGUUGAGAUGGAUGCUCUCGGUAGCUAACACCUCCGCGCAUGUUCAGGCGGUACACGACAAGGCGAGGCAGUGGGGUCUGUCGUUGGAAGAGUGA